AUGGAUUUGGAAGAAACAGAAGAUGAAGAUAGGGAUACUAUUAUUACUAGUACAAGUCAAAACUGGUCUGAAUCUGAUGCCAAUUGUGGCAACAAAGUGAACUGUAUGUUGGAGAGGGGACUAAAAGUAGGGAGGAAGAUGCUAGCUUUUUGUUUUGUAGCAAGUUCUGUUCCUCUAGUUGUUCCAGGUUUUUUAGUUGCUUCUGCUAUUGGUCUUGUAGUUUCUGUGCCUUGUUGUUUCUUUUUGCUUAGCCAUAGGUGCACUCAGAAUGUAAUGAGUAAGUUGCUACCUAUGCCUAGUCUUUCUCCUCAAGAUGUGUGUUUUAAGCAAGAUAUUGAUGUUACAUCUAUAAACAAAGAUGAUGAAGCAAAGAGCGAUAGCGAAAUAGUUGACAUAGUUGACGUUAAUGAGGAAACUAUGAUAUUGGAUAAUGAUUGUGAGCACGGGGUUGUGAAAGAGGAGUUCGAGCCUGAAUUGUCGCAUCAUUCAGGCGAUGCCAAUAAUGUCAUUCAUGAUGAUGAGAAGACGGAAGGAUACCUAAGUGGAGAAAGUAGUGAGGAGAGGCUAAUGAGUAGAGGCACAAUUAUGGAGGGUUUUGAUGAAACUGAAGAACUUAAAGCACCCUUUGAGUUUGGGGACGCGGGCGUUGUUUUAGAGGAAUGUGAAGAUGAGGUGAAAGAGGGUGAUAUAGAGGAAGAAGAGAUGCAAAAAGAAACAAAAGGGCUAUUAGAAAAAAUUAGAGAUGAGGGUAGGAAUGAUAUGAGAGGAAUUUCUAGUGGAUUAAGUGAAAAUGAUCAAGAUAUUGGUCAAGUUGUUGAAAACAUGGAAGAGAAACAGGAUUUGGGGACGGAUGGAGAAAUGUGGAACCAAGAAGCUUCAAAACUAUACGAGGAGACGGUCCAGUCAAUAAACGACGAUAGUAAAGAUAUUGUUUGCAAUGACGGGGAAUCAUGUGAAACUACAAGAGGUAUAUUAGAGUUAGAGGAUGAUGGUUUGAAUGAUUCAAAGAAGCCGGUGGAUGAAACUUCUGAGUUGCUGGAUGGAAGAAGUUUACAAGAUGAACCAAUUGGCGAUUUGAUGAAAGAAAUUCAUGUUUUGGAAGCUGAGGACUCAUCUGAAGUUGAGAAGCUCGAGCCUGCUAUAUCGUACCUUAUGAAUCAAGAAACAGAAUUGAGUGAAUAUAACAAAAGAAUGAACUCAUCAGAUGCAGAUGCAAGAAAAAUUGCUGAUGAAAUUGAGUUUCAUUUGUGUGACGAAAACAAAAUAGAUGCGGAAGCGUACUCAUGUACAAUUGAUUUGCAUGAAGAACCUUCAAAUGUGAAAGAGGAGUUCGAGCCUGAAUUGUCACAUCGUUCAAGUGAUGUCGACAAUGUUGUCCAGCACAAUGGUUCUGAAGAAGACAACAAUGACUAUUUCGCUGAGGAGGAAGAGGAGGUGGAGGAGGAACCUUCAUCACAAAAUCAUGAUGAUGAGAAGAUGGAAGGACACCUAAGUGGAGAAAGUAGUGAGGAGAGGCUAAUGAGUAGAGGCACAAUUAUGGAGGGUUUUGAUGAGAUUGAAGAACUUAAAGUACCCUUUGAAUUUGGGGACGCAACGGUUGUUUUAGAGGAAUGUGAAGAUGAGGUGAAAGUGGGUGAUAUAGAGGAAGGAGAGAUGCAAAAAGAAACAAAAGGGCUAUUAGAAAAAAUUCGAGAUGAGAGUAGGAAUGAUAUGAGUGGAAUUUCUAGUGGGUUAAGUGAAAAUGAUCAAGAUAUUGGUCGAGUUGUUGAAAACAUGGAAGUAGGACGGGAAGAGAAACAGGAUUUGGGGACAGAUGGAGAUAUGAGGAACCAAGAAGAUUCAAAAGUUUACGAUGAGAUGGUUCACGAUGAUAAUAUGGUUAGUGUUUGCAAUAAGGUGGAAUCAUGUGAACCUACAAGCGGUAUAUUAGAGUUAGAGGAUGAUGGUUCGAAUCUUUCAAAGAAGCAGGUGGAUGAAACACCUGAGUUGCUGGAUGGAAGAGGUUUACAAGAUGAACCAAUUGGCGAUUUGCUGAUAGAAACACAGGUUCUUCAUGUUUUGGUAGCUGAAGACUCAUCUGAGGUUAAAGAACUCGAGCCUGCUAUAUCGAAGAAAGGGGAAUUAGUUGAGAACAUAUCUAACCUUGUGAAUCAAGAAACAGAAUUGCGUGAAUAUAACAAAAGAAUAAAUUCGUCCGAUGCAAAUACAGAUGCAAGAGAAAUCACUGAUGAAAUAGAGUAUCACACGUGUGACGAAAACAGAGUAGACGCGGAAGCGCACUCAUAUACAAAUUUGCUUGCAGAACCUUCAAAUGUUACAGUUGAUAUGCAUACAGAUUCAAUGAAGGUUCUUGUUUCGUCCGAAGAACUGGAGUCCACCUCAUCUAAAUGUUCUUCUGAAAAAAACUUUGUUUGCCCUUCUGAUGAGGUUCUAUUCAACGAGGAGAGCAUAUGGAAACAGAUUCAUACCGUCCGAAAGAUAAUAGGAUAUGAAGGUACAAUCCAAGCAUCAUGUUCAGAUGAAUUGAAGGCUCUCUACAUUUUCACUGGAGUUGAACCUCCCAUUUUUGUCAAGGAGAACCCUUUCGACCCGGCCGAAAUCAAUGAAAAGCUUCACUUUCUCAUGUCCAUAGUAGGAAUUAAGGUGACGGAUUUGCCUUAG